AUGUUUAUCACACCAACCCUCAACAUCUCAUGUAUAACUUGUAUGCAGGGAGAUCAUGAUGAGGAAGGUAGCAAUAAGAAGCGAUCAGGAGGGAAGAAAAGCAGCUCAGUAGCGCCGGAACUUUAUGGAGGAACAACUGAUGGAGGUCCUUGGGAUGAUGGAAUCUAUGACGGCAUCAGAGAGAUCACCCUCGUUUAUGGUAAAUGCAUCGACUCGAUCUGUGUAUCCUACGAUAUAAAUGGUGAGCUUGUCAAAGGCGAAAGGCGAGGAGGUCAUGAAAGGGGCAGUGAUCUCAACAAGCCCCUAAGUGAUGCUGAGAUAAAGCUGGAUUACCCUGAUGAGUUUCUAGUGAGUGUCAGUGGAUAUUACUGCGGGGUGACAUGGAUAGUCGGAGCCCCGGUUGUCUUAAGGUCUCUCAAAUUUGAGACCAAUAAACGAACAUUUGGACCAUUUGGAGUUGAAGUUGGGACGCCCUUUACUUUUAGAGUUAAAGAUGGUGUCAAAAUUGUUGGCUUCAAGGGAAGAAAUGGAUGGUACCUAGAUGCAAUUGGGUUUCAUUUAUCAGAACGGCCGGAACUUUAUGGAGGAACAACCGGAGGAGGUCCUUGGGAUGAUGGGAUCUUUGAUGGCAUCAGAGAAAUCACCCUAGUCUGUGGUCAGUGCAUCGACUCAAUAUCUGUGGUGUAUGACAAAGAUGGUGUGCUUGUUAAAGGCGAAAAGCAUGGAGGUGAUGACCGGGGCAGUGAUCUUCAUAAGCCCCUAAAUACGGUUCAGAUAAAGUUGGAAUACCCAAAUGAGUUUAUAGUGAGUGUCACCGGACACUAUGGGGGAGUGACCUGGAUAGUCGGCGCUCCGGUAGUGUUACUGUCACUCAGAUUUGAGAGCAAUAGAAGAACAUUUGGACCAUUUGGAGUACAAGUUGGCACACCCUUCACUUUCAGAGUAAAAGAUGGAGACCAAAUAGUUGGAUUGAAGGGAAGAAAUGGUUGGUAUCUAGAUGCAAUUGGGUUUCAUACAUCUCGUGCUCCCGAGAGAGGACUCUUCCGGAGGGUUCGGAAGGGUUUUUGGAAAGCUUACGAGUCCUUGGUUAAAAUUAUUAAACCUCUUACAAGUGUUGAAUGUACAUGUAUAAGCUUGUAAUCAGUUAUCUCUUCUAGCUAGAGU